UAAGCAGAAAGUAAUGUCAAUGGAUUCUUUUCACAUUUUAUGAUAUAUUGUGUUCCUUGUAAUUUUACCCAACCUGGUUUGAUGGGGUGUGUUGCAUAGGUGACUCUUUCUACGUGACGAGCUCCAGGCCAUUUGGAAUAAAUAAACACUACUAAUUUGAAACCGUAACCCUUAUGUCACUAUUGACAGAAUCAAAAUUUUUGUGAAUAUUUACUAAAUGAAAUGGUCAAAAUUUGCAGCAAAUCAAAAUCAAUAGUCAAUUUCAACACAUCAGACUUAUACCUAAACUGCGUAAGGGAGGAAAUGGUUUUCUUGGACAAGAAAGAUUGGAGCUCAUCUGCAGAUAAAGGGCUUGCAUUCAUAGGCCUGGUCAAACUGUCAUACAAAACUAACACCGGCCAGAUUGUUCCGUUAUCAUACAAUGAUGCGCCCGAAAAGGCUUUCGAUGCAAAUGAAAUUAGCCUGAGACGUUGUGAUCCGACGUAUUCAUUCCGUACCGGUAGUUCCUCGUCUAUCAAUCCAAGUGUCGAUGUAUCCCAUGGAGGUCACGAUUCAAUGGGACGACGUAGUUUGGCAAACGAUGAAGAAUACCCAAGUAGAGAUAUCGAUGUGGCGGAAUCCAUUGGCAAUGAGAUGGUUAACGCUGGUACACAAGCUACACCCAACAGUAUCCCUCACAAAAGUCGGCGUCAGGAGCGAGAACCAACCGGCCACCGAGAACGCAGAGCAAAUGUUCCAUUAUUGCCAUCUACUAAUGUUUACUGUACCAAAAAGUACACAGACUACCGCAAACCAGAGAUACCACACGAAGGACCACUAAGUAUCAUAUUCAGCGUGGAUUCUUUGCUUCCAAUCGACGACAAUUCUGCGGUAGAUCGUGGUGAAGCCCUGGAUGACGAUACAAGCUUGGCGGAGAAACCUAGUUUGAUUGAAUGUAUUACCAUAUCAAAAUCGCUAUUAGGCAGAUCAAGAUUAGAUGAUCAUGUUGCCCAUGACUCGAAAGAGGUUGGGGAUGCUCACUUGUAUCAAACCAUUCCACUUGCUAAUGUCCAGGACCUUAUUAAGGAACUGGUGGACAAUUAUAUAGCAAAAAAGAGAAAGUCCAAAAUCACGAGAAGAAAACGUAGGUUACCACACGGCUGUAGAUCAAAGUUGGGUUAUGUAUUAGAUUCAACCAGUGAAAGUGGUAGUAAUCUACUAGAUAGUUUGGAAGAAAGUGAUUCUGGAGAUAUCCACAAAACAAGAGGAGAAUGUAACAAUUGUCAGUCAUUAAAACAACGCAUGCAAGUAAUGAUGUAUAAACGGGAUGGCUCCUGCCAUCCUAUCUACAGUGACCGGAAUAACUACAGACCUCCUAAAGAACCGCCAUGCAACUGUUGUAAUCCAGCUCCAGAGAAGAAAAGAAAGGAUAACGAUGAUUUGGUUUUCAUAUCAGUACCAGUGAAUAAAAUGCAGUCAAGUGCUGUUACUUUAAUCCCCAAAGAAAGUCAAAAAAAAGUUGAGCCAAAGAAACCAUCGUUCUUUCAACGCAUGCGUGCUGGCAAUAAAACGAAGCAAGAUGCAAACGCAGCGCCAACCGAGGAUGAACUAAAGCCCUCGUAUGAGGUUUCUGUCAAAAGGUCGAACUCUGCGCUCACUUACCUAAAUGAUGAAGGGCAUGGAUUUAAUACAGUUGUAAACGUUACUUGCCCGCACCACUCAAGUUCAUCAGAUGACUCUGAGUGCUCACCAUGUUGCAAACAUUACCAGGUGACACCUACGAUAAAACCUAGUAAGAUACCUUUGAAGAAAAGAGAGGUGGGAGAAAGAAAUUGUUGCGUGUUCAAAAAAAGGCAUCGUACUGACAGUGUAAUCUCAAGCAGCACAUCUCCACUAAACUUGUUACAAGAUGGCGCGUGUCAGCGCUGUUGUAAUCCGACAAACACUGGAUAUCCGCAAUGGGCGCAUUACCAACCUUGCCCCCAUCAGCUACCCUGCCCACCCGUUUUACCUCAAUACAGAUAUUGUGAUUUGUGUAGUAAUGCUAUCCUUUACAAUGGGACAAUUGAUCAAUACAAUGAUGAUUACGAUUAUACCAACAGAGAGAGAGGGCCUAGCCUAACUUUCAGCGAGACUCCUAAACGAAGUCCCAGUAAAUCAUCUAUAAAUAGUGACCCAAAAACAACGUGCUGCAUGUUUAAAAAAGAUGUAAAGCGGGGCACACACCGUUCGUCUCAAGUCGACCUUGAAUUUUCCCACCCCCCUCCAAGAAAAACGCCUAGUCGGAGAUUUUUCAUCUUUAACAGGCCUCCAAAGGAAAACCGACCGUUUAGAACUACUAGCGGUACUUCAACAAUUAACGGUAGCAAUAAACCAGAGACGUUUGACAAAGCCACAAAUGUGAAUCGAGAUCAUUCGCCCGUUAAAUUAGAAAAACCCCUCGAUCGGCGUGUGAUCGAACCAGUAAAGGACUUUAGUACCAACACUGAUGAGCAAAGUCGAAAAUAUCACCAAUCUUCCCAGGUUAAUUUUGAAACGCCCCAGUCUAUUCCGGAAGCUGAUCGAGGUACUGCAACCGGUGUCGAAACCAAUAAAUAUCUUCACGAAGAAUCUCAAGGAAAAGGUUGUUGCUCGAGACAUUUCUUCAAAUCUAAACCUUCCAAUGGUAGCAUUAAAAAAUCUACAAGUCGCCUUUUCCCAGAAAAAAAGCCGAAACUAUGUUCUGAAGGGACGUGCAAUUGUGCUCGGGACGAAAAGUGCAUAUCGUGUGCCUGUUCCAGUGCGACUGUUAAUUACACAUUUUGCCCUGUGCAGCGACAGCCUGAGCGGUCCAGCAAAAAUUGUGCAUGCUUGGAAAGAAACAAGGAACUUAAAACGCCAGUUGGACCUACUACCAGAUGCAUUCCAACGAGACCUCCAGAAUGUGAAUGUCCCAAACCACAGUUGGUUCAGCAACCACAAGUGAGCUUACAUGCAGUUGAAGGUCAGACCACGAUAAGCGUCUCGUGCCUACGGGACGCACCCGCUGAAGUGGAAAUACAAGAUAUAGUUCUAAAUUCUGAAGAUACCUGUAACUUACACCCACGGCCCGUGGCAUCAUUACGAAUUUUAUACCCUCAAAACCAGUCCUCUACCAUAACAUCACGUUAUAAUUGCGAAAAAAAUAUUAAAGCUUCUCUAAGGUGUGGCAAGUCAGGGUCUCCAGCAACCAUUAUUUUACGCGACGGCGGUGAUACGUCUGCGCCUGCGCACACUGGAAACGUAAAUAACUACGUAAUUAAAAUGUAUCCGGAACAGGAUACGAUGCACACACGCAGUGGUAAAACCAUCAAACGUCUCGCAAGGAAAAUGAACGAAUUGGAAGGCGUAUACUAUGACACUUUGCAAAGAUUUCAUGACAAACGUUCGCGUAAAGUGCGUAAACAUGUAAUUAGACGUUCCAGCUUGAUGCAUUCCAAAACCUUACGGAUGGCAGGGGAUGCGCACCCAAGGGACCGAUCGCUGCAUCACGAACGAAAAAUUUUGCAUGAUGUCGCGGGUGGGGUGGAUCUUGUUUUGGAGAAGCUUAGAGAACUAAGUCUGAUUAUGAAUAACCAACAAUGUCAUUAA